AUGGCUGACGACACCACCUUCAACUUUUGGAACAAAAUUGAUUUAGCAGUAGCUUUUCAACCAGGCGCCGGUACCGAUGACUCUGGAAAUUGGUGGAACUACGAUGUGGGUUUGAAGGCUGCAACGACUACCGUAAGUCUAUUUGAAGGAAAGUAUAAGAACGAUACUCAAGCGCAGACAGCGUGGAAACGUUUCGGUGAAGGACCGAGACCACAAGAAAAAGGUCGACGAGCCAAGCAGACAUGCAUCUAG